CCUGACCAAGCCUUAGGAGGAGCUGGAGGUGAUCCCCUGGACCCUGUGCCGUAUCCAUUAAGCUGGUCCCAGCUCCUGCUCUGGAAAUGGCCCUGCUUCUCCUUCUCUUUGGGGGCUUUUGGACCCAGGUGUUGAGCAGCUCAAGUCUGCAGAACACAACGAUGUUGACGACCACCCCACAUAUCAAGGUCCCAACUACUUCUGAGGCCUUGAAUGUCAGCUCGACAAUCUCUAGUAGGCCGGAGACAGAGCACCCUCAGGAGACUACCCACAUGUGGAGUCAGACCCCACCCCCACCUUUCUCAACCCCCUUUGAAACUACUGAAUUGUCUUCUCUUGGGGCUCCCACGGAUGCCAGCACGAGCACCCCUGUACCAGAUCCUACGUCCUCCCAGGAAGUUUCCAAUAAGACAUCAGUGCAGCUUCCAGAAGCAUCAGAUGUGGCCAGUGACCCUCCUACCACCCCAGCCAAUCCUAUGAUAGACAAAACUGAGACAUUUCCCUCUCUAGACACCUUUGAUGGGACUAGUGCACCCCCUAUCACCAUGACGACAAGCUCCAAGGAGACCAGUGGACCCUCUGUGUCUACAACAGUAAGCUCCAAGUCCAGUGGUCCCCCUGUCACCAUGACUACUGGGUCUCUGGGGCUCUCCAGUCAGACUCAUGGACUCGCUGCCACCAUAGCAACCCGUUCUGUGGAGGGUUCUAGCGUAGCCGGUGGCACCCCAGUCUCCAACAUAAAAAUAUCCACGAUGUCUACCCCGGAGCCUAUAACCUCCAGGAAGCCACGCCGGGAAUCAAGUGGCACGUUGCUAGUGCCCAUGCUUGUGGCCUUUCUAUUGGCUUUGGCCCUUCUGUUGCUACUGGUGUUAUGGCGCCGGAGGCAGAAUCGGAGGACUGGGGCCCUGACCCUGAACAGAGGAGGAAAGCGCAAUGGGGUAGUGGAUGCUUGGGCUGGGCCAGCCCGGGUUCCUGAUGAAGAGGCCGCAACAGCAACAGCAUCAGGGCCAGCGGGGAACAAGGGCUCAGGGGCCCCGGAGACAGAGGGGUCGGGGCAGCGGCCCAUGCUCACCACUUUCUUCAGCAGACGGAAAUCUCGCCAGGGCUCUUUAGUACUGGAGGAGCUGAAGUCUGGGCCAGGUCCCAAAAAGGGGGAGGAAGAGCCACUGGUGGGCAGCGAGGAUGAGGCUGUGGAAACCCCCACUUCUGAUGGGCCAGAAGCCAAAGACGGGACUGCACCUCAAAGUGUAUGAGCAACAGGACGUCUUCAUCCGACCUGCUCCUUAAGCCUGGAUCCUGCUCUCAGCAUCCUCACACUCUACACUUGUGAAUAUUUGUGAACCAAGUGCAUUCAUUCAUUCAUUCAUUCAUCCAUUCAUUCAUUCAUCCAUUCUUUCCCUCUCCCUCCUCCAUGUUCCCUUUGGAACCACUUGCUGAAUCUCCGAGGAGAUCUUAGUUGACUCACAAUUUCUCCAAGGAUCCCCCUUGGGAUGCUGGGAUCUGAUAAGAAGCAUGAAAUAACAAACCACAAAACUCCCUGGGAUGAAACUUUGUGAAGAACUCGGCACACCCGCCCCACCCCACCUUACCCCAACCCCCUGCUGUGCCCCCCACCCCCCCUCCUCCCGUAGGGGCCCCCUUCAGGACUCCCAUUUAGAGCCUGGAUGGGGCCCUCUGGCUUGCUCUUGGGUGAACUGUGACCUGUGACUUUCCCCGGAGCCCUCUGGCUUUGGGCUGCCUGGUAGCUGCUAGGGGAGGCGGCCAGAGACUGACUCCGUCUCCUUGGGGAAGAGAUGAGAGUUUCUGGUUCUAAGAAGUCCCGGCACCUGUUGUGUCCACUCGGAGGUGCAGUGUGUGCGCAAGAUCUGAUUCGGGUGAUGGUUGUGAGCGGUCCUGGUGAGUACAGAUGGUGAGUGGGAAGAGCAGGGCAAGGACUGGGAAAGUGUCACCCCAAAGUGAGGGACACAGGAGCCGCUGGGAACACAGGUCUCUUCAUCUUGCUCAGACAGGGUGGAAACAGGGAGAACCUAAGUCUGUCUGUAGCCUCUGAAAGACUGCAAGCUUGAUGGGGACUAGGCUGCCAGAUCCUCCCCUCAAAGGC